AUGCGGCAGGAUCAUGUCGCCACCCUCGCCACCCUCGUCGCACUGCUGAUCUCGCUGCCCUCCGCCGCUGGCUUCGGCCUCGCACCCGCGCAUGCGCCUCCGCUGCGGCUGCGCGCGCCGGCCGUCCGGGCUUGCGCACCGGCUUCGGAAGAGGUGGAUGUCGUCUGGUCGGGUCUCAAGGUCGCGGUGCUGGAGUCGCACUACGAGAUUGGCGGCUGCGCGCACGAGUUCAACGUCAACAUGGACGGCAAGCCGGUCCCGUCGGAGCUGCUGGCCAAGAAGCCGCAGCCGGUCUUCAAGUUCGAGGCGGGCCCGUCGCUGUACAGCGGCCUGAGCGCGGACGCGAGCCCGAACCCGCUCAAGCACAUCUUCCAGAUGGUUGGCGAGGAGCCCGAGUGGAUCAACUAUGACACUUGGGGCGCGCACCUACCCGAGGUUCCCGAAGGGUACGAGCUCUCCAUAGGCGCCGAGAACUUCAUGGAGAUCCUGCGCCGGUACGGCGGCCCGACGGCAAGGGAGGACUGGGACAGGCUCGCGGAGCAGCUGAUGCCGCUGACCAAGGGCGUCACCGCGCUGCCCUCGACUGCGGUGCGCGGCGACGCGGGCGUGCUGCUCACGCUUGGCGCGCGCUACCCGCGAGCCUUCCUCGACGUGAUCCUCAACGCGCAGAAGAUCACCGCCCCCUUCGACCUGGAGGCGUACGGCGUGCGCGACCCCUUCCUCAAGAACUACCUCGACCUGAUCGCCUUCUUGCUGCAGGGGCUGCCCUCGAACGGCACUCUGACCGCCGUGAUGGCCUUCAUGGUGGACGAGUUUUACAAGCCGGACGCGGUGAUGGACUUUCCAAAGGGCGGGAGCGGGGCGAUGGCGGCGGCGCUGGCGCGCGGAGUGACCAAGCACGCCGGCUGCUCCGUGCGCACCUCGACGCCCGUCGAGGAGGUUGUGGCCGACAACACCUUCCGGAUGGUGCCCGAGGGCGCGCACGCCGGCUUCGACGAGGAGCGCGACGCGCUGCUCGCUCCAGCGGCGCCGGUGUACAGCGACGACGACGGGCCGGCCGACGGGGAGGGGCUGCCGCUCUGCAAGUCGUUCAUGCACUUGUACUUGGGCGUGAGGGCGGACGCGAUGCCGCCCGACUUGCCUCCGCAGUGGACCGUGGUCAACAGCUGGGACGUGCCGAUCGAUGCGCCGGGCAACGUGAUCGUGAGCGUGCCUUCGAUCCUCGACCCGUCCCUCGCGCCGGAGGGGCACCACGUGAUCCACGCAUACACGGCUGGCAACGAGCCGUACCACAUCUGGGAGCGGUUCGAGGGCGUCGACACAAACAAGGACGCAGCCUACCUCGCCCUCAAAGAGGAGCGCGCCGCCCCGAUGUGGGAGGCGAUCCGGAGGCGGGUGCCGCGCGUGGAGGAGGGCGUCGUCGUCCGCCAGAUCGGCACGCCGCUCACGCACGCGCGCUUCCUCCGCCGCCACCGCGGCAACUACGGCCUCGCCCUCGCAGCGGGCGGCGGCUUCGAGUUCCCAAAGGUGACGACGCCGCUGCCCGGCCUCUUCCGCUGCGGCGACUCGACGACGGCGGGCAUCGGCCUCUUCCGCUGCGGCGACUCGACGACGGCGGGCAUCGGCGUGCCCGCCGUCGCGAGCAGCGGCGCGCAGUGCGCGAACGCGCUGCUCAGUGUCUGGGAGCAGCUGAAGAUGAACGACAAGAUCAAGAUGCCGAGCAGCGCCGGCGAGCCGCUCCUGCAGCGCCGAUGA